AUGUCACUUCCCAUCACCACUCAGCCUCCUUCACACAGAUAUACAGCCUCCCAUCACCAACCAGCCUCCUUCACACAGAUAUACAGCCUCCCAUCACCACCCAGCCUCCUUCACACAGAUAUACAGCCUCCCAUCACCACCCAGCCUCCUUCACACAGAUAUACAGCCUCCCAUCACCACCCAGCCUCCUUCACACAGAUAUACAGCCUCCCAUCACCACCCAGCCUCCUUCACACAGAUAUACAGCCUCCCAUCACCACCCAGCCUCCUUCACACAGAUAUACAGCCUCCCAUCACCACCCAGCCUCCUUCACACAGAUAUACAGCCUCCCAUCACCACCCAGCCUCCUUCACACAGAUAUACAGCCUCCCAUCACCACCCAGCCUCCUUCACACAGAUAUACAGCCUCCCAUCACCACCCAGCCUCCUUCACACAGAUAUACAGCCUCCCAUCACCACCCAGCCUCCUUCACACAGAUAUACAGCCUCCCAUCACCACCCAGCCUCCUUCACACAGAUAUACAGCCUCCCAUCACCACCCAGCCUCCUUCACACAGAUAUACAGCCUCCCAUCACCACCCAGCCUCCUUCACACAGAUAUACAGCCUCCCAUCACCACCCAGCCUCCUUCACACAGAUAUACAGCCUCCCAUCACCACCCAGCCUCCUUCACACAGAUAUACAGCCUCCCAUCACCACCCAGCCUCCUUCACACAGAUAUACAGCCUCCCAUCACCACCCAGCCUCCUUCACACAGAUAUACAGCCUCCCAUCACCACCCAGCCUCCUUCACACAGAUAUACAGCCUCCCAUCAUUAACCAGCCUCCUUCACACAGAUAUACAGCCUCCCAUCACCACCCAGCCUCCUCCACAUAGAUAUACAGCCUCCCAUCACCACCCAGUCUCCUCCACAUAG